AUGAACUCCUUGAACAUCAUCACCUCUCGCGUCUCUCCGCCGCCGAGCCCGGUUGCUUCGCGAUCCAACUCAAUCAGCUCCCUUGGCUUAGCCGUGCAAUCCGACAAUCAGCGCGGUGGCGAAAACGCAGAGAAAAACGACGACGAUCAAGAUGCCGAGACGUUUCCGCUCGAGAAAUCCGCCUUUGAGCAGCGCAACAAUGCUCAUGGAAUGGAUCUCGCCACCGAAGCAACACCGCUCAUAGGGGAAUCGAAAGCUUCAGGCUUGAGGUCGACUACUUGGCACUCUCUGCCUCGGUGCAUUGCUGCAGGCUUCAUCAAUUCGCUUCGUUGGGUCUUGUCCACUUUGGCCGCUCCGGGGGUGUACCUGAUCGCAUGCCUGUACGACGAGGCAGGCAACUUUUCGCCCCUCCUCCCACUCAGAAGACUGUUCGGAUUCCACGGAGGAAACAAGAAGCUUCCGACGGACUACCCUGACACCAUGAACGAAAAGUCGGGUCGCCAGGGGAGCACCGGAUAUGGAGGUGUUGCUUACUCAAGACCGAUGGGUUCUUCAGGGUCUUCUUCUUCAGGCAUAUCUUCCGAAUCAGAAUCGGACGCAGACCGUCAUGGCCGGGACACUUCUAGUCGGCAUUCCCGUUCAGCAUCUGCUUCCGAAGAGAUUGCGCCUGCCCGAAGAUCUAUACGCAUAAAACUACACAACGAUGAUGCUCUGCCUCAGCGUAAGCACAGGAAGACGCAGUCUGCCGCAGCACGCUCUAAGGGCAACAGCGAAUCCGGUACAUCCGACAUAUCUGCCCAGCUCAAGUCGCCGACAUCUCCCGCAGGCGCGCUGACUAGGUACCCCAAGACGCCCGCUCCGCCUCGGCCCCUGAUUCCUCGCCGACAACCCUCUUACCUCAACCUCGAGCCUUCGACCGAUCCCAAAUACCAGAAGACGCUCAUCCUAGACCUUGAUGAAACUCUGAUUCACAGUAUGUCCAAGGGCGGACGCAUGAGCACUGGGCACAUGGUCGAAGUGAGACUCAACCAGACCUACGUAGGCGCCGGUGGACAGACAUCCAUCGGGCCGCAGCAUCCGAUCCUCUAUUGGGUCAACAAACGCCCGCACUGCGAUGACUUCCUGCGUCGUGUUUGCAAGUGGUACAAUCUAGUUGUCUUUACAGCCUCGGUUCAAGAAUACGCGGAUCCGGUCAUCGACUGGUUGGAAGCAGAGAGGAAAUUCUUCUCCGCGCGGUACUAUAGACAACACUGCACAUUCCGACAAGGAGCCUUUAUCAAAGACCUCAGUUCGGUUGAGCCGGACCUGAGCAAGGUUAUGAUUUUGGACAAUAGUCCGUUGAGUUAUAUGUUUCAUCAAGACAAUGCGAUUCCUAUCCAAGGCUGGAUCAAUGAUCCGACGGACAACGACCUCCUACACCUAGUGCCACUACUCGAAGGUUUGCAGUAUGUUUCGGACGUGAGGGCGCUGCUUGCACUGCGUGGAGGCGAGGACGGUCAGCAUAUGGCAUAG